CACAAUUUACCUUCAAUCCAAGGAGAUGAACGGUAACUCGGCAAGGGUAACGUCCGCUGGAGGGUAGGUACCUGUGUAAUUUCUCCAGCCCACCGGCCCACUGCCGUCAGUUGGGUAGCUGGCGGACCAGUCAGAGACUCAGAAAGUUCUCUUCUGCUAACCCCAUCGCCUUUCCGAAUUCACCAGAUAAGACUUCAGUCUCUCUCUCUCUCUCAUCCUUGAAGGUGAGAUUCCCAGCUCCGUUCGUCUUGUAUACCCCGUGAGAAUCAGUCAUGGCUUCGUCUAUGAUUAGUCUGACUUGUAACAUUGGAGCAAUUAAGGGUCUUGAUUGUCAAAGCUAUGUUGGGUUAAAACCAUUCAAAAUUCAGAAUCCCAAUUGCGUCGAGACCGUAAUUAAGCCGAGUUUCCGUCGUAUGUUUGUUGUGAGAGCAAGUGAGUCACGGGAUAGAUCAAUGAAGAAGAUGGGGUUGAGUGACCAAGAGUGUGAAGCUGCGGUUGUCGCCGGUAAUGUGCCUGAAGCGCCGCCGGCGCCCCCAAGGGCAGCGGCACCGGCUGGGACUCCUGUGGUGCCUUCACUGCCACUUAAUCGACGGCCUCGUCGUAAUCGGAAGUCACCUGCAUUGAGGACAUCAUUUCAGGAAACAAACUUAGCACCUGCAAAUUUUGUAUAUCCACUUUUUAUUCAUGAAGGUGAAGAGGACACACCUAUUGGAGCUAUGCCUGGAUGUUAUAGGCUUGGAUGGAGACAUGGACUUGUGGAAGAGGUCUCAAAGGCACGGGAUGUUGGUGUUAAUAGUGUUGUGCUCUUCCCAAAAGUUCCAGAUGCAUUAAAGUCUCCCACAGGGGAUGAAGCAUACAAUGACAAUGGUUUAGUGCCCCGCGCAAUUCGAUUGCUUAAAGACAAAUAUCCUGAUCUUGUCAUUUACACUGAUGUUGCUUUAGAUCCAUAUUCCUCUGACGGGCAUGAUGGUAUUGUUAGAGAAGAUGGAGUUAUAAUGAAUGAUGAGACUGUGCAUCAGUUAUGUAAGCAGGCUGUUGUUCAGGCACGAGCAGGAGCUGAUGUUGUCAGUCCCAGUGACAUGAUGGAUGGUCGUGUGGGAGCUAUUCGUGCUGCUCUUGAUGCUGAAGGAUAUCAGCAUGUCUCUAUCAUGUCAUACACAGCAAAGUAUGCUAGUUCAUUUUAUGGUCCUUUUCGAGAAGCACUGGAGUCGAAUCCACGCUUUGGAGACAAAAAAACUUACCAGAUGAAUCCAGCAAAUUAUAGAGAAGCUCUGAUUGAGGCCCGUGAAGAUGAAUCUGAGGGAGCUGAUAUCCUCUUGGUGAAACCCGGUCUGCCUUACUUGGAUGUCAUAAGGCUUCUUCGGAAUAGCUCUCCUUUGCCAAUUGCUGCAUAUCAGGUUUCAGGUGAAUACUCAAUGAUCAAGGCUGGUGGGGUUCUCAAAAUGAUUGAGGAAGAAAGGGUCAUGAUGGAGUCUCUGAUGUGUCUUCGGCGUGCUGGUGCUGACAUCAUCCUUACAUAUUUUGCUCUACAAGCAGCCAAAAGUUUAUGCGGAGAGAAGAGGUUUCUGGAUGAGAUGCUGGUCUACCAAGGGAUUAUUGCCAUGUUAACAAACUAUCUCCUCCCAAAGGAGUGGAGCAUGACUGUUCCUCUUUCCCAGGCCACAAACUACACCCUUGGCUGAUUGGUUUCUUUCUACAAAGCUUCCUAACUUGUUGUGAUGACCUCUUUUCUGUCAAGGGCACAUGAUAAAGCUGAAAUGCCCAGGUGCCCUAGUUGGGAUUACCAGAUGUGGGACAACACUGUAAGGUCAGAAUUAUGUCAUAUUGACCCAGUUGCAGCCAAGCUAUGCUCCAGUCAAAUGCAUGCAAAUAAUAAACAAGACAAAUUCAAAGAAUCCUAAAUGCGGUGGUCUCUAGGGAGUGCUCUCCAUAUGCUAAAACACACAUCUUGUGUUAUGCGUGUACUGUUAUGUCUCAUCUUGUGUAGAAUGAAGUAAAGCAGCAGAGUGUUGCGAUAGAUUUAACAAAGUUGUAGUCUAUGUUGAGUUCAGGAGCGCCUAUAAAUACAUUGCAAGGAGCCAGGGGCAAGGAUAUCUUUCCCGCUGUAUCUAGCUGAGUUGAGCUCCAAAAAGAAGCUAGAAAAAGGAGCAAAGAUGGUGAGUUCAGAAAGAGCUGCCCCCUAGGUGAUAGAUUCACGUUAUGUACAUCUAUUGCUAUUGAAACAUCUGUCAUGGAGAUCUUUGUUAUGGCUCUCUUAUGUGAUGCGGAUGGGGGCUUCUCAUUUAGCUUGGGCUGUAUGAUUUUCGUGCCAGCCACACCUUGUCUUUGUUGAAAUUUAAGAAGUUUUUACCCUCAAACUUAAAAAGUUUUUACCCUCAGCAAGUGGUACCAGACACAGGAUCGUGAAGCCUCUUGGCACUUAGGGGCACGAAUGGGGCUCAAAGUUAGUUCUUGCACCAUGGCUAUAUGGCAGCAUCCUGAUUGCUCAAUGACCCUGUGGGACUUAGGGGGGAACUUGAAAAGCAUAUUUAAUAUCAAUGUACUCCAAAUGAAGUAAAAAAUGAUGUAAUCCAUUUUAUAUGCCUGUUCAUUUAACAAGUUUAUUUUGUUAUUUACUUGGAUUUAUUUGUUACAAAAGAAUGGAAUGGAAGAAGUUGUUCUUUAUAA